AGGACUCAAAUGCAGCCAAACUUGAACGCGUUCCCCUACCCAUCUUCUUCACAUUACCACCCUGUACCGGGCCCCAGCUCUCGUGUGGAAGAUACGAAAAAAGACCCGGCCAAGAAACGCAAGGAACUAUCAGGAAAACUAAACAAAGAGAUGAGCGACCGUCGCGACGAGUCCCGGCAAUAUACCGAGACUGUCAACAUGCUGCAACGGACUGCAACGCAACUCGCCCACAAGCCGGAGAGUGUUCCCCUCUACGAAUUAAGGCUUCUCCCCUUAUCAAUCGAGCGCUCCUCGCUCCUCGUAUCAAUAGAGCUUGAGGAGAGGCAUGCUAUCGACUGCGCUGUUAUGGCAUUCGAAGAAGAGCGACAGAGAGUGGAAGAAGAAUAUAAGCGCGGUCGCGAUCGAGUUAGAGAACGGCUCCUCGAAGGAAUUGAAGAAAGACGCCGUCGAGCCCGAGAAGACAGGGAAGGUGAAGGUACUGGUGGAGAUGCCUCUAUGGAGCAGAAUAGACCACAUAUAACACGCAAGCUUCGCAACAAACUGGGUACAUCUCCCCCGCCAACUCCACUGGGUGCAGCAGUUCCAAAUCCGGCAUUGCCGGUCACGACCGGGCCGUUCCUCAAUCCACACUCACUUUCGGUCGACGAGAUUCCUUCACCAUUCCCCAUGUCGCUUACCGCUGGGGCGUCCUCAAGUACAACUGGCGUGCCUGUCACUGUCCCAGCUGUGGGUGCUAAUGGUCGACGUCGACACAAGGGUAGUGGCACCCAUCUCAGUCAAGCUAUCGGUGGUCUGGGCAAGAGUCUGGCUGCGUUGACAGGCUGCAAAGAGAGUGAAAUAGACAGCGAUCUGGGUGAAAUCCGCAGGGCAAAGCGGAGACGAGCUGCCCAAGACGUCCAUGAGGAUGCUAUGGACGCGAUCGAACCUCUCCCCGACGUAACGCGAAGCAAGCUUCGUUCCACUCAAAUUCUCACAUCUCUUUCUCAAAUCGUGUCUGAGCUUUUGCAAAACUCUCUCGACGCUGGCGCUCGACAAGUUGACAUUGGAGUGGAUUGCGAGGAAUGGACCUGCUGGGUUCGCGAUGACGGCUGCGGGAUGAGCAAGGAAGGACUAGACAUUCUCAAUCGCGGCCUAGAGGCAGGGAGAUAUGGAACGUCAAAGGCUUACACCCUUGACUCGUUGAACAGUCUUUCAACGUUUGGGUUCCGUGGAGAGGCUCUUGCUUCUUGUGGUGAUAUUUGUUGCCUUGAAAUCGCGUCGCGGACGGCACACGGCAAAGAAACUUGGUCUGUCAUCAUAAAAGGCUCUAAAUCAUUGUACAAAGGGCCGGCUGUCCGAUGGAGGCGAGAGAGCUCAGGAACAACCGUAUGCAUUCGGGAUGCGUUCUAUAAUCUCCCCGUGCGUCGGCUCUCGCAUGCCUCUCCUGCAAGAACUAUGGACGCCAUUCGACGGCAAAUCGAGACUUUCGCGCUCGUGUUCCCCCAGGUCUCCUUCUCCUUGAAAAAUAUCCACAACGCCAAAGACGACAGGGAUAUGGUUCUCAGAGUUCCGAAGACCACAUCGACACUGACCAUGUUCCGACAUUUGUAUGGUCGAGCUUUAGUGCAGCAUGUCGAAGAAGUUGACCUAAAAUCUGACGGCUUGCGGUUCGAGGGAUUUAUCAGUCUUGACGGAGCGCAGUCUAAGGCAUACCAGUUCUUGUAUAUUAACCGUCAUCCAAUCUCGCUCUGCGACUUGCAUCAUGUUAUUGAUGUACAAUUCGCUUCCAGUUCCUUUUCGAAACAUGCAUACGAGGAAGAUGGCGAAACUAGUGUCCGUAAUGUCAUCCGACGGUCACCACGAAAGACUGAGAAAAGGGCUGUCUAUGUUAUCAAUAUCACAGUUCCGCCUCAGAAUGUAGACAAUUGUCUAGAGCCAGCUAAAGCUGUUGUACAUAUCCGAAACAAGACGACUGUGGUGGGACUUCUUAUCGAAAUCGUUCGGUCUUUUCUGCUUCGUCAUGGUUUCACACCUCAUGAGCCACCUCGUCCUGGGUCACCCUCGCCUCGCAAGCGACACAAACUUGAACAUGAAUCUUUCGACGACUCGGGCUAUGCUGAAAUGGAACCGCCAAGCACCAUUAGAGAUCUUCAACCGUCAAGGUAUAACACUCCAGAGCCUUUUAUCACGCGAGAGAAAGAACAUGAAGUAUUGUGGUCGGAUCCAAAUACUGGCCAUGUCUAUGUCAUCAACACGCGCACGGGAAAUUCGUAUAAGCAGUCAGACCCUCCGCAGACGGAACGGGCUACUGCUGUGCAGCGUCGGACACUUUCAAACCAGAACGUUGACAUAGACAAUAUGCCUGAAUGGAUACAACAAGCUCUUGAGGCGAAUAACGUAUUUGCAGUUGCAGAGAAGAGGAUCCCUCAUUUAACUACCCCCGGCUAUACCCACGAGCCGCAAUUUUCCGACUAUCUUCGGCAAGGUGCAGAUCCUGCUGGUAGUACGUCGUACCGGUUCAAGAAAUCGGACCUACAGAAUGCGCGAGUCAUAGAGCAGAUUGAUCGCAAAUUCGUUGCCUGCUUGAUCGACGACACACUAGUGCUUAUCGACCAGCAUGCGGCAGAUGAACGUAUACGAGUUGAACGCUUCCUCAAGGAGCUGUGUUUAGGGUAUCUGGCAAACGCCGCACACAAAGAGCACGGUGGGAUAAAAACCCGAAAGCUAGAUCCUCCGCUUCCGGUGCUGGUGACAUGUCACGAAGCUUCGCAUCUGGCAAAGCAGCAAGUCGGAAUAGAACUCAGUCAUUGGGGCUUUGGAUUUGUCGAUACAGGAGACAAACCGGUGGAAUCGAGUGGUUACACUCAAGUUUUCGUUGACUCCCUCCCGGAAGUCGUUGCUGACAAGUUGUUGAUGGACAGCGAAUUGCGGGAUUUUAUCAAGGGCUUCCUUGGUCGAAUCGAAGAUGAUCCGUUUACAAUUCAGAUACCUCCGCAAACGCAAGAAUCUGACGAUGAGUUUUCUUGGCUCAAUGCCCUCAGAUGCUGUCCGCAACAGCUGCUCGAUUUGGUGAACUCGAAAGCCUGUCGGGGUGCCAUCAUGUUCAAUGAUCCGUUGACGAUUACGCAGUGCCGAAAACUCGUAGACAACUUAGCAAAGACCGCAUUCCCGUUUCAAUGCGCUCACGGUCGUCCAUCGUUAGCUCCUCUCAUCGACCUAGUCCUCUGGCCGAUCCUCUUUCCAUUUGUUACCCUCGUAUCUGGUGUGCCACGACCUACCGAUCUUGUCGCUACGAAGAGGGUGUCGAUAAAGUCAGAACGAAGUUGGUUAUGGGGAUGGGCAUUCGGAGCUGAAAGCACUGUUUCGGUUGUGGACCGCUCACCCAUCGUCUCUUUUGCCUCUCGUCCUGCGGCCUUUGGAGCUGAGAUCAACGACCCAAUCCUGGGUUAUGUCAUUCCGCUCUCCUCCUUCACCGCACCCUGCGAGGCAUCCAACUCGUCGGAGCUUUUUGUGCCGCCAAACAAUGCAUGUCCACGUUUGUGCAUCUCUGGCCCCCAUCGACCUGAUCCGUCAGAAACCUGGAUUGCGCUCGUGCAGCGAGGAGGAGGGUGUGAGUUUGUGAGGAAGGUCAGAGAAGCGCAACGGCUUGGCGCGCGCGCGGUCGUUGUUGGUGGUGAAGACCCCGAAAUUUCGGGAUACCCCGAUGUCUUGGUGAACAUGUACAGUCCAGAGGACGCUUCUGACGUGAAGAUCGCCUCUACAUUUAUACGAUACUCUGACUACAUAACGCUCUUCAACCUGAUCCUCGCGUCCAGCACUUCCCAUGACGGCUUACAGACGCUGUCCCUGCUUAUUACAGCAGAGUAUAGUGCCUGGGAGUGGUAUUCACCAAUCAUCACCUUUAUCGUUAUUUUGCUUCUACCUUCGGCUCUUACCUUCAUAACUCUACUGGUUCACCGCAUUCGGGCCGCUCGGGCAGCCCAGCGAGAACGGGCACCCGAGGAGGUGGUCCACAAACUACCCUGGCGCGUCUGGACGGGGAGUGGCUGGGAGAAACAUGAGAGUGGAGAGGAUCCAUACGCUGAAACGGAUCCCUCGUUAACCCAAGGCCAGACUGACACCGAGCAAGAGGCGACGGAUAAGCCCAAUGUGGAGGAAGGCGAAACCAGCAAUUCCUCCCAAAGCGAUCCGUCGACCUCAGCCGCUACUGAGCUUACCACAACUGCUCCAUUACCUUGGUUCGAUCAACAGCUAGAAUGCGCAAUAUGUCUCUCGGAGUUUGAGAAAGGCGACAAGGUCCGCGUGUUACCCUGUCACCACAUAUUCCAUCUUGCAGAGGUGGACGAAUGGCUCAUUCAAAGGAAGAAGCUGUGUCCCGUUUGCAAGGCCGACGUAACACAACCUCCGGCUGACCCCCACGUGCCCAGUGUCGCAGCAUCGUCAUCGGAGGAUGCAACCGAGAGGACCCCGCUGCUUGAGAAUCCCGCUUAA